AUGGCUUUUGAUCAAACCCCAAUACCAAAAGAUCUAAGGCCAUUAAACAUAGCUAGAACCGUACCUGAAGAACCCCGCAUUGUGGCUGCUAUUGCUGGUGCUAGUAGUAGUGCUGUCACUACACCAGCAACAGCUGGUAGAAACCCAGAAUUUUUUGCCAGCCCAGAAGGGUCUAUACCUGUUAUUUAUCCGGCAUCGAUGGCUGAUGCUGGUUUUGUAGGUUUAGGAUAUGGGAAUACUGUUCAUGGGGUUGCCCCGUGGGCCCAACUCGUGCCGGUUCCGAUGCCGAUGGGGAGUGUGAAUGUGGGUUCGGGUGUUGGGUUCAGUUAUAAUCCUAACUUAGGGAACAGGAUAGUUGGCAAUGCUGUUGAUCAUGCUGGGAAUGAUAUGGUGUCGGGAUUCGGUUCUUCACCCGAUUUUGGGAAUCGGGUUAAUGUUAAUGGGAGCAAUGAGGCAGUAAAUAUGGGGUCAGGUUAUAAUCCCAAUUUGGGGAGUCGUGGUAGUGGUAGUGGGGCUGACCAUGGGAGUGAAGAUGGUGGGGAUAAUUCAGUGUCACGGAGGAAAGUAAAGUUUUUGUGUAGUUUUGGGGGGAAGAUUUUGCCCAGACCAAGUGAUGGUGCGUUGAGAUAUGUUGGAGGGCAAACAAGGAUUAUUAGUGUGAGGAGAGAUGUGAGCUUUAAUGAGCUACAGCGGAAGAUGAUGGACACAUAUCAGCAGCCUGUUGUUAUUAAAUACCAGCUUCCCGAUGAGGACCUUGAUGCAUUGGUGUCUGUUUCAUGUGCUGAUGAUCUUGAUAAUAUGAUGGAGGAAUACGAGAAGUUGGUUGAGAGGUCUUUGGAUGGGUCAGCUAAGUUACGGGUGUUUUUGUUUUCAGAUUCACAGCUUGAUGCUUCUGGUUCGGUCCAAUUUGGGGAUUUACAUGAUAGUGGGCAGAAAUAUUUUGAUGCAGUAAAUGGGGUUGCGGAUGGUGGUGGUAAUGAUGGUAGUAAUGGUGGUGGCAGUCGUAUCACUAGGAAGGAGAGUAUGGUGAGUGUAAGUUCAACGCAAAACUCUGAUUUUAGUGGGACUGAGGCUGUCGAUAGCUCAGGUCCUGGUCAAGGGGAUGUGUCUUGGCCCCCAUCUACCAGCCUGUUAUCCCCUAGGGAUAAUUCGAUUACUUCUCAUGAUUCUACUCCAAAAUUAGUCUUUGCAGAUACCAAUCCCCAAGCUUAUGCUGGUGCUUCUGCAGCUUCAUUGGGAAUUCCAAUGAUUAAGUCUGGUCCCCCGCAGAAUUCAUGUCCUCAGCCUGAGGUUGAAUUUGAGAGGCCUGUUCCUAUUACUGCACAACAGCAGCACAUGGUCCAUGAUUUCCAGCAAGUUGGGUCGGGCAUUCCACCUCAUGUGCCUCAGUUACAGGCUUAUGUAGAUCCUCGUCAAGAAAUUAUGAAUCAUGCUGAUUAUAGGCAUCUUCCUUCCCAAAUGGGUUUCCCAAAUAACCAUAUGCUGGGUAAUUCUGCGUCCGUACUCACCCAACAGCAUUUUCACGAGAGUAAUGCAGGUGCUACUUCUCUUAAAUAUGUUCCUGCAGUGCAUAUGACUAUGACACCUUCAGCUUCUCAUGUUGCUAUAAGGCCAGCUAUGGUUCAACCAUUGAUGCAACCCCAACAAACUCGCUUGGAGCACUAUCCUGAAGAAAAUGCAUUUGGAACAAGGAUUGUUCAGGUUCCUGUUGAUCCAAGCUACAAUGUUUAUCGGACUCAGCUCUCUCCUCCAGUUGUUGGGGGAGGCUAUGGCUGGACCCAAGUUCCUCAAUCAGAGCAUGUUGUCUUCUCCGACGGGUCAGUUUCUCAUCAACAGGUAAUUUUUCCUGAGAAAAUUCCUAGAAUGGAGGACUGUUAUAUGUGUCAGAAAGCACUGCCUCAUGCACAUUCGGAUCCUUUGGUACAGGACCCAAGAGAAUCUGGAAUGAGCUAUUCAGACUCACUUCAUCAGAGUCUUCGUUUAGAAGAUACUAUGAAAGCCCAGCCUAUGAAUAGGGUUAUGAUAACUGGUGCCACGGGAGAACGGUUUAUUGAACAAAGUGCUGGUUCUCAGCCUGCUAUUCUUAGUCAUAUGGAUCGUCAUAGUGGAAUGCCACAGUCGGAAUCGAUUGUGUCAUCUCAGAAUAUCGAGGCACUUCAUGAUAAUGAGAGACCUUUCUUGAAAACUGGCAAUUCUGAUCAACCUAAGAUUUCAGCUCCCUAUGGCAUGACAGGUUUACCAGGUGAUGUACAGUCUCCUCAUGGCAUGUUCACAGUUGGAAUUCCUGAGUCUCACGUGGAAGAUUAUGUCCAGCAGCAUUCAUUGCCAAUGCAACCCCAGACCUUACUGAGUAGACCUGCUAAUAGUGAUGUCCUUCAUGCUGCUGGUGUAUCCAUUCAAGCUUCUGAACACCAAGUUCAUGAAUCUCCGAAAGAAUACUCUGGCAAGCUUCCUGAUAUUGUUUCCAAAGAAGAUGCUGUAGACUCUUACAUACCUUAUGACCAGCUGAGACCAGUUGAUGGGAUGAUGGAAGCUCUCCACAUACGGCCCGCUGAAAUUAAUGCUAACAAUGAUCAGAAAAGGUCACCUGUUGAUAAAUUUAGAAAGGAAGAAAUCUUAGAUCAUAAAACUCAGCAAAUUGCUGGGAGGGAGGUGCUUCUAGAUAAUACCUUUGACAAACCUCAGGUGGUUCUUAACCCAAAUCAUAUUAAGCAGUUUGAAACGUUGCCUCCUUCUACAGAGGUUUCUUACAUGCCUAUUUCUCGACCAGUGGAAUUACAUGAGGUUGGACAACCACCUAUUUUGGGUAAUAAAGCAUCACAUCUACAAUCCAAGAUUGGUAUUCCUGCCCUGGAUUCUGCUGAAAUUAGUUAUGGAAUCCCUGCAUUCUCUGGUGUUGAGCCAGCCUAUGUAAAUGACAGAAUCCCACCUGUUGUUGAAUGGAAGAAUGAUUCACAAUUGCAUUCAAAGGUUGUCCCCAGUGACGUGGAAGCUUUAUCCUCAGCUGGUAAUAUGCCAUCUAGUGGGGUUGGCAAUGCUCAGGACUCUUCGAACUCACUCUUCAGCAGCCAGGAUCCUUGGAACUCAAGGCAUGAUAAUCAAUUUCCUCCACCUAGACCUAACAAGAUUGCAACAAAAAAAGAAGCCUUUGGUAAUAGGGAUCCUUUCAUUGAGAACCAUUCUGGUGAGGUGGACUUAAUCACAGCUGUGCUGUUGGAGGAUGGAGUUCCCAAGCCACUGAGCAAUUCAAACAAGGAUUCAGAGCAUGCUCAAUCAUCCAAAGGUUCAGCAGAGGAACUCAUCAGGCAAGAACUCAAGGCUGUAGCUGAGGGGGUAGCUGCUUCUGUUUUCCAGUCAGCAAAUUCUAAUCCAGAGUCAACCAUGGCAGAAAGAAAUGAAUCUGCUUGUGAACAAAAUAAAGAAAAAGAAGUUUCAAAUGAAGGUGUAGAAACGCAGCACAAAGCUAAAGUUAAAUUUGAGGACAUGAAGAGCCAACUGCCUGAAAAGGUGAAUUUUGGUUUUCCAGUAUUAGAAGGCCUUGGUCGGUUGCAGAUUAUAAAGAACAGUGACCUUGAAGAGCUGCAGGAAUUGGGUUCUGGCACCUUUGGCACUGUUUAUCAUGGGAAGUGGAGGGGUACUGAUGUGGCAAUCAAACGAAUCAAUGAUAGGUGUUUCUCUGGGAAACCUUCUGAACAAGAACGCAUGGCUUUGAUUCUGUUGAUGUUAUUUCUGUUUCAUGACUUGCUAACUGUCUGUACUGUGCCAUAUGCUCAAAAUCAGAGAGAUGACUUCUGGAAUGAGGCAAUUAAGCUUGCUGAUUUGCACCACCCAAAUGUGGUUGCUUUUUAUGGUGUUGUUCUUGAUGGCCCUGGAGACUCUGUGGCAACAGUGACGGAGUUCAUGGUUAAUGGCUCUUUAAGAAAUGCUUUGCAGAAGAAUGAGAGGAGCCUUGACAAGCGUAAGCGUCACUUGAUUGCCAUGGAUGUGGCCUUUGGAAUGGAAUACUUGCAUGGAAAGAAUAUAGUGCACUUCGAUUUGAAGAGUGACAAUUUACUUGUUAAUCUUCGAGAUCCUCACCGGCCAAUAUGCAAGGUUGGUGAUUUGGGCCUGUCCAAGGUGAAAUGUCAAACACUUAUCUCAGGUGGUGUGCGUGGAACACUUCCGUGGAUGGCACCAGAGCUUCUGAAUGGAAGCAGUAGUCUUGUCUCUGAGAAGGUCGACGUGUUCUCAUUUGGUAUCGUGUUGUGGGAAGUUCUAACUGGGGAAGAACCAUAUGCAGACUUGCACUAUGGGGCUAUUAUAGGUGGUAUUGUGAGCAAUACCUUGCGGCCACCAGUGCCAGAGGUUUGUGACCCAGAGUGGAGAUCAUUGAUGGAGAGAUGCUGGUCUGCUGAGCCAACAGACAGACCAAACUUCACUGAAAUUGCAAAUGAGUUGCGGGCAAUGGCGGCAAAGAUUCCUCCCAAAGGGCAGAACCCAUCGCAGCAGCCACCUUCAACACAGUCCCAGAAAGCCAGGCCAAUCACAGAGAGCCAUGUAAGCAUUCAAAACUUAUCAGCUGAGUCAAAUGUCAUUUUACCGUCAAAUGGUGCAUUCCUGUUGGCCAUUUUAGCAAAUAUCAUUAGGUAG